UUUCCUUGCGUUCUCGUCAAGUACUUCCGGCAGUGACGCACGGUCCCGUUUCUCGGUCCCUCCGUCGGCUCUCACGUGUUUUUUGUGUAUAAAAGGGUUCCAGUCUGCACUCAUCAAUGUCUUGUGGGUCACCAGACAAACGCAGGAAGAUGGAGUCAGCGCUGAACCAGCUGAAGAAGUUCACCGUGGUGGUGGCAGACACGGGAGACUUUAACGCCAUCGAUGAGUACAAGCCUCAAGAUGCAACCACUAAUCCAUCUCUGAUCCUGGCUGCUGCUAAGAUGCCUGCUUACCAGAGCCUUUUGGAUCAGGCCAUAAAAUAUGGCAUUGCUAAAGGAGGUACUGAAGAGGAGCAGGUAGCCAACACGAUGGACAAGCUGUUUGUGAGUUUUGGACUCGAGAUUCUCAAGAAGGUUCCAGGCAGAGUGUCUACAGAGGUGGAUGCCAGAUUGUCAUUUGAUAAAGAUGAAAUGGUGGCAAAAGCCCUGAUGCUCAUAGCGCUGUACGAGGAGGCGGGCAUCAGUAAGGAGCGUGUGCUCAUCAAACUUUCCUCAACAUGGGAGGGGAUCCAGGCUGGCAGGGAGCUUGAGGAGAAACAUGGUGUUCACUGCAACAUGACACUGCUGUUCUCCUUUGCUCAGGCUGUAGCUUGUGCAGAAGCAAAAGUAACUCUUAUUUCCCCUUUUGUUGGGCGCAUUCUUGACUGGUACAAGGAGAACACAGACCGUAAAAGCUACGAGCCACAUGAAGAUCCAGGUAACAGCCAGCCUUAACUAGUGACUAAACGUCUCUGUGUUUCAGGCAAGAAAAGUUUCAACAAGCACAAGAGACCCAAACCUUGCUAGUUUUUAAAAAUAGUAGGAAAUUAGUAAAUGUAAUCAGGGGAUUGUUUGUUUACCACAGGUCGGAUAUACGCUACAGCUCAAAACUUGGAGAUCACCUUAAAUAGUUUUUUAUCUCCCAUUGAAAUGGGUGAAGUUUGUUCAAACAGACAAUAUAGCAAAUGAACAGGAAUUGUUGGGUUAGUAAUCUAAAAAUGAGUGGAAAUGAUGACGGUUUCUCUCACAUGAUGGAUCAGACAACCGUUUCAUAGCUUCAGCCGCAGUGGGUUAGGGUCCAUGUUGGGGUUGGUGUCCUGUUGUAGAAUGAAACUGGACCUAUCAAGCAUUACCCAUGGGUGUGAUGUUGCAAUUCUAAAUAAUUUGAGAACUCUUCACUUUGGGUGCCAUCAUAAACAUUAGGGAUGUGAAUCUUAGAGCAACUCACUAUUUGAUUCAAUGCUGAUUCUUGGGGUGCCGAUUCGAUUCAGAAUCGAUUCUCGAUUCUCAAUUUAAAUCGAUUCACAACCAGUAUUAACAAAGAGUGUCGGCUCCAGGACUAACUACUUUUUUGUACAAGUUAGUUAAAGCUAUGGGACAUUUUUAUUUGACUUUAAACUAGUCGUGCUCCAAAAAUGCUAAUUUACAAGGUAAAAUAAAGUGAUUCUAAAACUGUAAACAGAAGCAAUCUUUUAACCAAAAGGCAACAUUUAUUUUUGCUUACCUUGUAAAAUAUAACAAAUCUGUAGUUACCUAACAGUAGCUUUGAAAGUAAUACGGUCAAAUACUUUUCAAGUUUGUGUAGAAACAAGUUACAUGAGUAAUCCUGAGUACUCGGUACUUAGAAAAUAAAUAUGAGAAUAUCUCAAAUUUCUGAGUAUGGAAAAAAUUACAUUCAAGUGCCCUCUUAUCAGCAGAUUCAAACAUAAAUCAUCUCAAUUUAUGGGACCACAAAAAUGAACGGAGCACUGACUCUCCUAACAACGAUCAAAAAAGUGCAUCUCAAAGCUGUAACGUGCCAAAUAUUUGAGUUCUUAGAAUCGAUUCUGAAUCUUUAUAAAUAAGAAUCCCGAUUCAGGCUUGAAUCGAUUAUUUUUUUUCAGCACCUCUAAUAAACCUCAUGCGUAAAUCUAUUUUACUAUAUUUAGUGACUAAGUGUCGCACAAUGCCUGCAAACCGAAACAAACAGCAAUUAGCUGCCAUUAUAGAGGAUGAGUGUUUGUCCACCGGACGUGAAGCAUCUUGUUUUAGACGUGUCCCAGAAGCGUAGGUACGCGUCUCUUCCACUUUGAUUCUAUUUUUUACGAGCUGCUGUUCCAGAACACAUCGGGUUCAGACCGGGCCAGACUGGAAGUUAAACACGAAGCAGUGUAAAACACCUGGAAACUCGCGUGCAGAUUUCCAGUUGCUUAAUUAGUAAAAAGUCAUUUUCUGUGAAAACUUUAGCUGAAGUAAACCAAAAUAAAAAAAUAAAAAUAAAUAAAUUACUGAUUUUUUUUGGAUACAUGUCUUUCUACUUGCUUUUUAUUGCGUAAACUGUCUAAAUCACGCAUGGCCUUGCAAUUUUUCCAUGAUUUCUUGACCUCGGGACCAGCUGAGUGGAACGCUUUUGCUGCCGUUUCACCCCGGAAACGGUCCUGGUGCGAAGGGAGUUUGCGGCUAAAACGUGUUUAUGUACCAUACUUUAUGAAAAUAUGCACUGGUAUGUUUCAAGUGCCUUUACAUCUAAAGUAUAAAUAUAGACCUUUAUGGAAGUUAUGGUCCAAGGUGAAGGUGCAGCCAUGGCAACAGUAUCAACUGGCACACUGUGUAGAAAAUCAAUUGAUUAUACAAAACCUCUUAAUACUAAUGUGACCUGAGGUGGAAUAUUAUUUACAAAUUUGUUGUGAUGAGUUUGUAGUUAUUUCUGAGAACUGGCUGCAGCUAUAGAAACUCAGCAGGACCUCUCUGUCCUGAUGAGUUUUAACUCAAUAGCUGACAGAUGAUGUUUACGUGAGAAACUGGAAGCUGUGUGGAAAA